UGGAGUUUUACUUGUCUAUGGGUUCUACUCAUUUAUCAUUCAUUUAUUAAUUGAAUUGUAAACUCCGGAAAGCUGCAUGGAAAGCUCAAAGCUCGAAGCAGAAAACAAAUAAAGGUGGUGCUUAUCAGUGAAGUGGAUUUAGUUUUCUCAGGUCGAUUUUCGAGUGGCGUUUUGCUGUAGUAACCAUGAAAAUCUGAAAAUGCAAAGGUAGUGAACACUGUUAACUGUGUCCGUACAAUAGCCCCUCCGAUAAGAAAGAAAAAAAUUGCUGUUUAUUCACCAAUUAUCAAGAUAAAAAAUGGUUAAAGACGCUCCACCUCCUUACACAGCAACUGCAGGAGGUCCUCCACCUCCUGGUUUUGUUUCACCUCCUGGUUAUGUUCCACCACCACCAACACACGCUACAACUGUCAUUGUAACUGCACCACCACCAGGCCCCUUUGGACCGGGUAGUAAGGUAAUGGUAUGUCCUUAUUGCCACAGUCAGAUCAGCACAAAAGUAGUUACGGAGGCUACAACUAAGACCCACUUAUUUGCAUUACUGUUAUGUCUUUUCGUAUGUUGGCCGUGCGUGUGCUUACCAUAUUGUAUGGAUUCAUGUCAAAACCAAAAUCACUACUGUCCAAAUUGCAAUGCUUUCUUGGGAGCAUAUGACAACUAACGAAUGAUUACUUAAUAUGUUCAUGUAAUUAUCCCUUAGAUUUUUUAAAUAAGAAAAUGUGGUAGCUUAGUUAUAGUAUUAUA